AUGCUCAAUUCACUGGACAGUGUUGGGGAAGACGAGAAAGAGAUUGAACUCUAUCACCAACUUACCGGUAAGUCAUUGUGGGCGAAGGCAGGCAUGCAUGCUCGAAAGUGGGUAUCAAAUUCAGCCAAAGUAAUGACAGUCAUACCAGAAGAUGACCGAGCCACGGAAAUGAACAUAGGGACAAUAAAGAUGUAGUCACAACAACACGUGGCCUACAGUGGAACAGCACCAAAGAUGUAUUGGCAGUACCUGCAACACCGGCUCCAUUUGACUACCUGAUUGCUAAGAGGAAUGUCUUGAAGAAGAUUGGGACUGUCUUUGAUCCACUUGGUCUUGUAAGCCCUUUCAUCGUGCAAGCAAAGAUUAUGCUCCAAGAACUGUGGAGUCGAGGUUAUGAUUGGGACGAAGAAGUCCAGGAUGAAGUGGCUAAUCAUAUUCAGCUAUGGCUCUUACAGCUAUCGAGUCUGGCAAACAUCAGCAUUCGCCGUUAUCUGCAUGACCAGAAGCCAGUGAAAUCAAAGGAAGUGGUGACCCUUGUUGAUGCCUCACAACAGGCGUAUGGAGCUUUAUCAUACUUACGAUGCAGGUAUGAGGAUGGUACAGUAACCUCACGGCUAAUCAUCUCAAAGAGUAAAGUUGCUCUGCUCACCCCCAUCACCGUACCGAGGCUGGAGUUAAUGGCAGCCAUAGUAGGGUUCAGGUUAACCCAGUGCGUAUCCAGAACUCUAGGACUACCUAUAAAGGCUGCAACUUUCUAUUCAGACAGCACGGACGUGCUUUGGUGGAUUGGUGGGAAAGGAAGAGAUUUCCGGCCCUUUGUUGCAAAUUGCAUUGGAGAAAUACAACUUAGCACUGAACCAUCUCAGUGGCAUGUUUCCACCAAUGAGAACUCAGCAGACCUGUGUUCUAGAGGAACAAGCGCCGUUGAACUUGCAGGGUCCCAACUAUGGUGGAAUGGUGCUGAGUGGUUAAUGAAAGCAAGGAACGAAUGGCCAAAGAUGCAGCUAGCAGAAAGCCCAAAAGUCAUGCCAGAAAUGAAGUCAGUAAAGAAACAGGAAACCAAGAUUAUCACAUGUGUGGCAGUGCAGGCAAACCAACCUCCAACUGUGGUCAGGCCAAGUCAAGCUACUGGCUGGAGACUGAGCCCAACGUGCUUCUCAAACUGGAUCCGAUUAAUACAUAUACAUGCCGGAGUAAGAAGGGUUCUACACAAUAUGUCAAAGAUGGGAGAAAAACAGACCAGUGAGGCGUUGUCGCCCCAAGAGAUCAGGGAGGCUGAGGAAGAAGUGGUGCAAUUGUGUCGGCGAGAAGCCUUUUGUAAUGAGUACAAGGCUCUAGUGUCUAGGAAACCGAUGCCGUUGAAGAGUCCACUAAUCAAGUUGAACACGUCUUGGAUGAAGAAGGCUGCAUCCGUUCUAAUGGAAGACUUCGGUUUGCAAAAUACCUGCCAUAUGAUUUGCGUUUUGCAAAGAUAUUGCCUCGAGGACACUGGGUAA